ACCUUGAAACUAGGUAACAGGUAACCCAGAAAGCUGGCCAAGCAUAAAAUUACAGCCACAAACAGCCCUGCAGAGAACAUCUCAGGAGGGCGGCUGCUGGGUUUUUGUUGUUGUUGUUGUUGUUUUCAUCUUUCUUGGCCAAAGGAAGCAGGUGGUAAGAGAACUCAACCACAGCUCCUGAACUCCUUGAGAUUUACAGAGCUCUGUCACCUGGGGUAAGACUGUCAUUCUUUCAGGUUUUCUUCCUGUCCAAGAAAACAGACACGCUGUUUUUCAUGGUAUUUUCAAACUGGAAGAUCAAGACAGAAACUUUGGUCAUCAGGAAUGGAGAGAUUGCCCAAUGAAAUGACAGAAUUGAUCAUUAGGAUGUUUGUUACUCAAAAAGCCAAUUUUUUAAAGAAGCAUGCAUUAAAAUUAUUCCAACAUGCUAAUGUGGCACACUCCUCUGCUGCCUAACGGCAAGUGUUGCUAUUAGCAGAGGAAGAUUUGUUCUAGGAAAGAAGUAUUCUAGAGGGCCAGAAAGAACAGGUAUUGCUCCACCCGGGUAAACGCUGACUCAACUCUGUAGGGCUGGCACGCUCUUUCCUCACCUCACCCCUCCUGCCAAGAACAACUGAGAUCCAGAAAUAGCAGAAUUAGCGAGAGAAGAGGAAAUAUGCAGGACGGUGAUGAUGAGUAUGCACGAGGGAGUGCCAGGCAGUUUUCAUCGUUAAUGUUCUCCGUCUAUUGCUAGAGAAAAUGUCUUUCCUUGGAGGAGGCAUUGGCACGAGUUACUAUAAACUCCCUCUGAAUCUCAACACUUCUGGGACGCCGAUUCUGCUCCUGGCCUGGGGCAGGGCGUGGGAGCUUGGAAGCCAGCGCUGCGCUCCCCGUGGGAAGCGAUCGCCUACUCCAUCAACUCGCGCCCGGGCACUUAGCUCCUCCCGUUUCAGGGCGCCGCCUCCCCGGAUGGCAAACCCUAUAAAGUGGCGGCGAAUAAGGUUCCUCCUGCUGCUCUGGGUUUAGUCCAGCUACAAGGUCAGCGAGAUCCCGCGCCCCCCGGAGUACCGCGUGCAGGAGCCAUGGCACAGGAGCUAUACCACGAGGAGUUCGCCCGGGCGGGCAAGCAGGCGGGACUGCAGGUCUGGAGGAUUGAGAAGCUGGAGCUGGUGCCCGUGCCCCAGAGCGCUCACGGAGACUUCUACGUCGGGGAUGCCUACCUGGUGCUGCAUACGGCCAAGACGAGCCGAGGCUUCACCUACCGCCUGCACUUCUGGCUCGGAAAGGAGUGUUCCCAGGAUGAAAGCACAGCUGCUGCCAUCUUCACUGUUCAGAUGGAUGACUAUUUGGGUGGCAAGCCAGUGCAGAAUAGAGAACUUCAAGGAUAUGAGUCUACUGACUUUGUUAGCUAUUUCAAAGACGGUCUGAAAUACAAGGCUGGAGGCGUGGCAUCUGGAUUAAACCACGUUCUUACAAACGACCUGACAGCCAAGAGGCUCCUACAUGUGAAGGGUCGUAGAGUGGUGAGAGCCACAGAAGUUCCCCUUAGCUGGGACAGUUUCAACAAGGGUGACUGCUUCAUCAUUGACCUUGGCACCAAAAUUUAUCAGUGGUGUGGUUCCUCAUGCAACAAAUAUGAACGUCUGAAGGCAAACCAGGUAGCUACUGGCAUUCGUUACAAUGAAAGGAAAGGAAGGUCUGAACUAAUUGUCGUGGAAGAAGGAAGUGAACCCUCAGAACUUAUAAAGGUCUUAGGAGGAAAGCCGGAGCUUCCAGAUGGAGGUGAUGAUGAUGACAUUAUAGCAGACAUAAGUAACAGGAAAAUGGCUAAACUAUACAUGGUUUCAGAUGCAAGUGGCUCCAUGAGGGUGACUGUGGUGGCAGAAGAAAACCCCUUCUCGAUGGCAAUGCUGCUUUCUGAAGAAUGCUUUAUUUUGGACCACGGGGCUGCAAAACAAAUUUUCGUAUGGAAAGGUAAAGAUGCUAAUCCCCAGGAGAGGAAGGCUGCAAUGAAGACAGCUGAAGAAUUUCUACAGCAGAUGAAUUAUUCCAAGAAUACCCAAAUUCAAGUUCUUCCAGAAGGAGGUGAAACACCAAUCUUCAAACAGUUUUUUAAGGACUGGAGAGAUAAAGAUCAGAGUGAUGGCUUCGGGAAAGUAUAUGUCACAGAGAAAGUGGCUCAAAUAAAACAAAUUCCCUUUGAUGCCUCAAAAUUACAUAGUUCUCCACAGAUGGCAGCCCAGCACAAUAUGGUGGAUGAUGGUUCUGGCAAAGUGGAGAUUUGGCGUGUAGAAAACAAUGGUAGGAUCCAAGUUGACCAAAACUCAUAUGGUGAAUUCUAUGGUGGUGACUGCUACAUCAUACUCUACACCUAUCCCAGAGGACAAAUUAUCUACACGUGGCAAGGAGCAAAUGCCACACGAGAUGAGCUGACAACAUCUGCGUUCCUGACUGUUCAGUUGGAUCGGUCCCUCGGAGGACAGGCUGUGCAGAUCCGAGUCUCCCAAGGCAAAGAGCCUAUUCACCUGCUGAGUUUGUUCAAAGACAAACCGCUCAUUAUUUACAAGAAUGGAACAUCAAAGAAAGGAGGUCAGGCACCUGCUCCCCCUACACGCCUCUUUCAAGUCCGGAGAAACCUGGCAUCUAUCACCAGAAUUGUGGAGGUUGAUGUUGAUGCACAUUCACUGAAUUCUAACGAUGUUUUUGUCCUGAAACUGCCACAAAAUAGUGGCUACAUCUGGAUAGGAAAAGGUGCUAGCCAGGAGGAGGAGAAAGGAGCAGAGUAUGUAGCAAGUGUCCUCAAGUGCAAAACCUUACGGAUCCAAGAAGGCGAGGAGCCAGAGGAGUUUUGGAGUUCCCUUGGAGGGAAAGAAGUCUACCAGACCUCCCCACUACUGGAGACCCAGGCUGAAGACCAUCCACCUCGGCUUUAUGGCUGCUCUAACAAAACUGGAAGAUUCAUUAUUGAAGAGGUUCCAGGAGAGUUCACCCAGGAUGAUUUAGCAGAAGAUGAUGUUAUGUUACUAGAUGCUUGGGAACAGAUAUUUAUUUGGAUUGGCAAAGAUGCUAAUGAAGUUGAGAAAAAAGAAUCUCUGAAGUCUGCCAAAAUGUACCUUGAGACAGACCCUUCUGGAAGAGACAAGAGGACACCAAUUGUCAUCAUAAAACAAGGCCAUGAGCCACCCACAUUCACAGGCUGGUUCUUGGGCUGGGAUUCCAGCAAGUGGUAAACUGGUGUUUGUAAAAAGCAAACAAACAUUACAAGGCAGUUAUCUCAUUGCUCUUUUGGGAGAGGAACAGGAAAAGCUUUUUGUUUAUUUGUCUUUAGAAAAUUAAGGCCGGGUGCAGUGACUCACACCUGUAAUCCCAGCACUUUCGGAGGCUGAGGCAGUCGGAUCAUUUGGGGUCAGGAUUUCGAGACCAGCCUGGCCACCAUGGCGAAACCCCGUGUCUACUAAAAAUACAAAAAAAAAUUAGCUGGCAUGGUGGCACAUACCUGUAAUCCCAGCUACUUAGAAGACUGAGACCGGAAAAUUGCUUGAACCUAGGAGGCUGAGGUUGUGGUGAGCCGGGAUCGUGCCACCACACUGCAGCCUGGGCAACAGAGACUCUGUCUCAAAAAAUAAAUGAAUAAAUAAAAAAUAACCUCAACCAAAUGCCUAUUUUUUAAUGCUUAAUUUUGGUUUGAAAUUCUUCUUAAACUGGAGCUUUCUUACGUUAAUACAUUCAAAUAACCUGAAGGAAACUUUCAUUAUGGGCCAAUAUUAGCUCUUCUGGAAACUGAUUUAUAUCUUUUUUAUGACCUUUCAAAAGUAAAAUACUAUGCAUAAUCUAGAGAGAUUUGUCAGAUAGGAAAUUUUAUAAUGCAUUAGCCAUUAGUCAAACUUGUUUUUUAACAUGCCAGAGAAAAAGUUGUAAUGCCUUGGAAGUUUUUCUCUUUUCUAUAGAUGGUGUUCAAAUGAUUUGUAUACUUGCAAUAAGGUUUAUGUUAAAGUGGCUUUAACAAUUUGUUGCUAUUUUCCUUCUUUAGUCAAUGUGACUUUGAUGCCAUUAACUCCUACGUGUUAUUUUCUAAGAGAAAUUUUAUCUUUUUUUAAAACCUUAUUAAAAGUCUUUGAAAGCACA